AUGAGGCCUGCAAGCAACUCCACAACAGGUGGUGCUGGUGCUGGAUUCUGGCACUUUAACUCUCCCAUGCCUUACCUUUUUGGGGGGCUAGCACUCAUGUUGGGAAUCAUCACUUUUGCUUUGAUAAUCCUUGCCUGCUCCUGGAGGAAUUCUUCCAAUUCAGCGACACAGGUUCCUGAAGAGAAAUCAGUCAAGCAAGUAGACGACUCUGAGCCAAAGAUAGCUGUAAUCAUGGCUGGAGAUAAGAAUCCCACAUUCUUGGCUAAGCCUAAGCCUAAGCCUGUCUCUUGCAUUUGCCACAAUGAAGAACAAGUUUAA